UUUUGUAAUGUUAAUGUUGAAUCUGAAAUGGUCUUCCAGGAGUUUGUGACCAUUACUCCUAGUUUUCCCCAAGGGUGCCCUGGUGAACAGUUGUCACCAAGCCCUUGAUGUACUCCCUGGAUGUAGUGGUAAGCUGCUACCAAGUCCCUUCUUCACUUUCUCUUUUUCAGGCUGAAAAGUCUCAGGUCCUUCAGCCUUUUCUCGUAUGACUUGCUGUGCAAGUCUGAUCAUGCGGGGGGCUCUUUUCUGGGCUCUCUCAAGCCUUACCGUGUCCUUGUUACAGUGCAGUACCCAGAAAUGGACGCAGUACUCCAGCUGCGGUCUCACCAGCGCCAAAUAGAGUGGGAGAAUCACUUCGUUGGUUUUGCUGGAGAUGCAUUGGUUGCUGCAUGGUGCUGGUCAGGUUGGCAUCUCCAAGCCUGUAGAUGUACAGGGGAUUGUUCGUCCCCUGAUGGAGCACUUUACGUUUCUCAAUGUUGAACUUCAUCUGGUUCUGAUUUGCCAACUUGCCAGCUUGUCUAGGUCUGCCUGUAUCUGCAGCCUAUCUUCAAGUGUGACCAUGCUUCCCUAUAACUUGGUGUCAUCCACAAACUUGGCUAGUGAGCUCUUCACCUCGCCACAUCCAAAUCAUUGAUAAAGAUGUUGAAUAGCACUGGACCAAGCACCGAUGCCUACAGGACACCACUAGCCACUUCCCACCAAGACGACACCAAUCUGUUCAGUAGAACUCUGGGUCCUGCCCCGCAGCCAGUUUCCUACCCACCUGACUGUCGAUCAGUUAAGCCCACAGUCUUCCAAUUUUCUUGCGAGAACAUCGUGGGAUACCAGAUCGAAAGCUUUUUGGAAGUCAAGGUAUAUACUGUCAACCUUCCUCUCUCUUAUCCAGGUGGUGAGUCACCUGAUUGUAAAAGGAGAUGAGGUUGGUAAGACAAGACUAGCCCGUGACAAAGCCAUGCUGGCUGUCAUUCAGAAUCCUACCUUGUGCUAGCCUGUCGCACAUAAACUCAAUGAAUUUUUCCAGGAUUUUCCCUGGAAUAGAAGUUAGGCUAGUUGGCCUAUAGUUACCCAGGUCCUCCCUCCUCCCCUUCUCGAAGAUGGGCACAACAUUGGCCUUCUUCCAGUCCUUGGGGACCUCCCCAAAGUGGCAUGAGUUCUGGAAGAGAUUCACCAGGGGUUCUGUGAUUUCCUCGGCCAGCUUCUUCAGCACUCUUGACUGAAGUUCAUCCAGCCCUGCUGACUUAUAUACAUCCAGUUUCUUUAAUUGAUCACACACCAGUUCAACGGCAAUAGUAGGAAGGUGGUCAUUUGAACCCUGCUCAUUCUGUACCCUAGCUGGCAUGAUUUUCCCCUUGGCUUGGUGAAAGACCAAAGCAAAGUAGUUAUUAGGGCGUUCAGUUUUCUCCCGAGUGCCGGUGACUAACUGUCCUGAGUUCUUGAGCAAUGGCCCCACACUCCCAUUCAUUUUCCUCCUGUUCCCUACAUACCUAAAGAAGGACUUCUUGUCCUUGAUUCUUAAUUCAGUCACCACCUUAGCUUUUCUAAUCUGAUCCCUACAAGUGUGGGCCAUUGCUAUAUAGUCCUCUUUUGGGAGCUAGUUCCUAGCUUCCAUUGACUGUACACCUCUUUCUUCUUUCUUAAGAGGACCAUGAUUUCCCUAUUUAGCCAAGAAGGCUUCCCAGCCCUUUUGCUAUAUUUCCUCCACAUGGGAAUGGAUUUCCUUUGUACUUCAAAAAUCAUGUUCUUUAAGAAUGACCACUGUUCAUGCACUUCUUUCACCUUUGGUCCUGCAGCACAUUCCCUUCUAGUGACCUGAGCUUGUUGAAGUUUGCAUUUUUGAAGUCCAAAACUUCAAGCCUGGUAUCAGAUUUGUCUGCCUUGUGAUGGACCUGAAUGUAAUGGAUUCAUGGUUGCUAUCACCCAGGCUGCCUUCUAUGUUUAAGUUGGUCACUAGGUCAUCUCCUUUGGCCAGGAUCAAGUCUAAAAGAGCGUUACCUCUGGUUCGUCUGUGCACCUCCUGAGUCAGAAAAAGCGUUUCAGUGAAGGUCUGGAAAGAACAUGACUGAUCCGUCUUGGUUGAGUGUUCCUCCCAAGAGACGUCUAUAUAAUUGAAGUCGCCCAUGACAACCACGUCCCAUGCCCACGCAGCCUCUGUUAGUUCUCGGGUGAACUCUAGAACAAGUUUCUUGCUUUGAUUUGGUGGUCCGUAGUAUACACCUACAGUUAGAUCUCUCUCGCUUCACCCCCCUCCCCACCCCUCACCUCCCCACACACACACACACACUCCCCGCAGCUUGAUAUCCGGAGGGUUUCAAGUCAUUCAUCUUUGGAGCCGAUGUCCGCCUCCAAAGAAAUGUACUGCUCCUACACAUAGAGAGCUACGCUACCUUUUUUCCCUACUCGGUCCCUUCUAUGCAGGGUAUAGCCCUUUAUGCCUAUGCUCCAAUUGUGUGUGGAGUCCCACCAGGUCUCUGUAAUCCCUACUAGAUCGUAAUGGCCACUGGACAGCAGGAGGGCUGGUUCUUCCUGCAUGUUCCCCAUGCUCCUGGCAUUAGUGUACAGGCACCUGAGUCCUCCUACUGAGGCCCUCAAUUUCCUGUCAUGCUGAAGGAGAACUAUUCCCUCAACUCCCACAAGAGUGGCCCUCCUGGUGUCCCUAUCUAUGGAGCUUCCUUGUAUGUCGGUCCCCGAGCAUUCUCCAGUCAGUGUUUCCCUAUCCCCCAGCAAUCUUAGUUUAAAGCCCUAUCAAGAAUAUCGGCCAUCCUGACAGAGAACAGGGACUGACCUCUCCGCAUGAGGUGGAUGCCAUCUCUUCCCAGGAGUCCUCUCUCCCUGAAGUGCACGCUGUGGUCAAGGAAAUCAAAGCCUUCUUGGUGGCACCAUUGUUGGAGAUGUUGGUUCAUUUUCUCGAUUCAUCCUUCCCUCCCAGUACCAUGGCCUGCAAUGGGGAGCACAAAGGAAAAGACUACCUGAUCCUCUGACCCCUUGAGCCCAACCCCCAGAGCCCUGUAGUCACUCAUGACCCAGUCUGGAUUACUCCUGGCCGUGUCAUAUGUUCCCACGUGGAUGAGGAGCAUGGGGUAGUAGUCAGAGGGCCGGACAAGCCUGGGGAUCCUCUCGGCAAUAUCUCGGAUACGGGCCCCAGGGAGGCAGCAGACCUCACAGACUAAGGGUCUGGACAGUAGAUGGGACCCUCAGUGCCCUGCAGGAUGGAGUCCCCCACCACCACCACCUUGUGCUUCCUCCUGGGGGUGGCAGAACAGUGCUUAUCUUCCUCCUCCUCCUCCUCCUUCUCCAGUGUCACCACGCAUGGGAAGUUAUGGUUGUGAUAAUGGUCAUGUGUCUCUGAGGGAAUGAACUCACUACAACCUGGUGCCUAAAAAAUUAAUUUCUGGCUCCUUCCAACACUCAAAGUGCAAUGCAAGACACACAAGUACACAGACAGACUGUUCCAUUCACGAAGCAAUACAAUGUAGACAGUAUUUGGAGUACUACCAGGACUGAAGUAAUUAUGAACGUAUCUCGAUCAGUUUUAAAGCAGACAAACAACACAAAGUGGAGUUACUCCUAGCCCAUGAAAGAUUACUUACCAUGACCCAAUAAUUAGGUUUUAAAACAGAUUAAGUAUGGAAGCAAGUUGCUUUAAGUUACUCAGGUGUAAUACUUGCAUGUAAACAAGCUCUAAAAGUAGGGGAAAGAAAGGGCAACCUUCAGUGUGUGUGGGCAUUAGGAAUGCAUUUAGGAAGAUGAGUUCUCCCAGUUUCAAGCCCAUUUACCCUGAGUUGGGGAAGCGUUGACUUCUCUAUCAGGCAGCUCCAUGUCAGAGCUGUUAGACAAGGCUGUGUUCUUUGGGGUGACCUCUUUAUGUCUCAGUUCCCUGACUGUCAUACAGAGUGGGAAGAAGUAACUCCUCCCAGUGCUCAGAGGCACUGCAUGUAAACUCUGUCAGCAUAUCUACUCAUGCAAUUACUGCAUAGAAAAUUCAGGCUUAUUAAAGCACGCCCCCCCCGGUGGAGAUCAGGACCCACCUGGAUUUCCACAUGGCUGCGAGGCAGCUGCCCAGCAGCUCUCCUUGUCCCAUGGAGAUUGGGAUGAGUCCCAAUCUCCACAUGACUAGGAGGCAGUGUCCUGCCAGGCCAAGAUAGCUCUCUCAGCCCCUUGUGGUCCCCCUGUUGCUUAGGCUAACAAUUUGCUCCCAGUCAGUGUCUACAUGUGUAGCCUGGUGCAUUAGUUAAUAUGCCAUUUUCUAGUACCUGUAUUUACAAGUACUAGAAAAUGGCGCAUAAUUCUAAUAUACUGUGCAGUCAUUGCUAUGCAUAUGUAGACUGAUUUACUGCACGUUAGAUUAGUCUAAUACUCGGUAUAGCAUCUUGUUUAGAUGCAUCCUGUCUCCUCAUCCUGCUGUGACCAAGAAGAUGCAGUCAUAGCUUCAACUUCUGGAGAUAGUGAAGAAUGGGCCAAUGUACGGGUAUUCCCCUCCAAAAUUCAGUCAAAUUACAACCCUCUAUCUGUCCUCUGCACUGCAAACAUAUAAUGGCUGUGAUUUGGCAUUAGCUCAUUUACUCUCUCCUCAUAAACCAGACACACCCAGUUAUGAAUUAACAUUUACUGAUUUUUUCUGUCCAUUUCUCCUUUUUAUAUUGAGAUGCCCAGAACAAAAUGUCUGACUAGUAUUUAAGAGAAGUCUCAUCAAAUGAUUUUUAAAAGGUAUUUUACCUUACCAUUCUGUGAUUUGAUGCCAUUAUAUAAAACCAACAAGAAUCACAUUCACCCAGGUAGUCACAGGUAGAUCUAUGCACAAUGGGAAAUUUCUCUUUUUACAAAGAACACAGAGAUACAACCAUGACUCUCAUACCAUACAUACCCUUAUAGGAGCUCACCAGCAUCUUCCCCAUCAAGUCAAGAUCUCUACAGGGCAAGGGGUAGAGAGUGCACAGACUACAUAGGCAAGGAGGGCACAUCAUACAGGCAUUAGCUCCUUGGACCUUAUGCAGAGCAAGCAGUUACUUAUACAAUUUUAUUGUUGUUUCUACUGCUUAGAGAUAUAGUGAGGUUCAGGACUCCAUUGUGCUAGACAGAGAAUAAAGGCAGGAAAGUAUGGUUUCAACACAAAAAAGAUUAAAAUCUAAUUUAAGAUGAGAAAUAACUUGCGAGUAAGGAAAAGAUAGGAGUGAAGGCAGAGAGAUGAGAAGGCUAUGAGUAUGUCAAUAAGGCAGUUAUAUAGGCUAAUUGUGUGCCUCGACCUAUGGUUUUAAAACCUUCUAAAAGAUUUUGUUUUGUUUUUGUGCCUUUCUAUUAGCCAGACUACUUAUCAAGAGCUGUUUCGUUGUUUUGUUUUAUACACUAUAACUAUAUUACCUGUUUUACAGCAUUGCACUGCAUAUCACUUUUUCUAUAGCUCACCUCCAGGCAUUGAAAGUCCCUAUGAAGGGUAUUCCCAAAAUUGGCCCAGUCAGGGUUAAAUCUUCAAAUCUCUUUGAUUUGGCUCCAUUGUUUCUCUUGUUGACUAAGCAGCAAAGAACCUACACACUCCCUAAUGUGACACAGACCAGGUAGAAAGAUUGGAACAAGAGAAGAACUGAAAAAAAAUAUCACCCCACCAGCUCAGUUGGGUGCUGAAAGCAGACACUGAGGUAGUGUGAAGCUGAAGUGCUCUGCCAGGUCCCUGUGGGAAGGAAAUGGAGAAGAAGAUGCUGAAGACUGGGUAUUUUAUCCUCUUGCUCAGUUGUUUUGCCUUGCAGCUGGAUGCUAACCCUGGGCUCAAAGUAAGAAUCACGCAGAAAGGGCUGGACUAUGGCUGGAAAGUUGGGCUGGAGAACAUAAAGCAAGAAAUACAAAAUGAAACCUUCCAAAGCUGGAGUGACCGUGAGAACUUUGGACUUGUUAAAUUUUACUACACUGUUUCAGGGCUCAGAAUGAACACUGUUGAAUUCCCAGAUGCCUCUGUAUCCCUCAUACCUGGAACUGGGAUUAAGCUGGCAAUUGAACACGCUUCUGCAACCUUCCAUGCAAACUGGAGUAUAAAAACUUGGCUAGUCAGAAACCAUGGAGGAGCUACUGUGUCUCUUUCAGGAGUGUUUAUCACAGUGAUCUUCCAAGUGUCAAGGGAUAACAAAGGCCGCCUAUCCAUGCUGUUUCACAACUGCUGGCUAAGCAUUCAUGAUGUUAAAGUCAAGUUGAGUGGAGGAGCCAGCUGGGUCUUUAACCUCUUUGCUGGUUAUCUGAAGAAGCCCAUUCAAGCCUACUUGGAUAAAAAUUUGUGCCCGAAAAUCAAACACAAAAUCCAAAGGAUGGAUGCAGAGCUCAGAACUCUUAAGGUUCUAAGUCAGAUUGAUGCCUUUGCCCAAAUAGACUACUCGCUCAUUAACUCACCAGCAAUCUCCAAAACAUACAUUAACCUGGAUUUGAAGGGUACAGUCUAUCCUGCUGGAAAUCGCACAGAUCCCCCCUUUGUACCAGACCCAUUCACUCUUCCAGACAAGAAUAACUCCAUGCUCUACCUGGGAGUCUCCGAGUAUUUCUUCAAAUCUGCUUCACUGGCUUAUUACAACGCAGGGGCUUUUAACAUCACCAUCACAAAAGAGUUUUCCACUUAUUUUAUGCCAACUGAAGUAACACCUAACAGUACCAUUCCUGAGGUUCUACAGCUUGUUCAGAAUUAUACAAUGUCACACCCACUGAUGUUGACGCUACAAUCUACUGCAGCACCUAUGAUCAGCUUGCAAACAGGCAGUUUGACUACAGAGAUCACUGGCUACUUAGAGAUGUUUUCUGUCCUGCCAAACUCAAGCCUCCAAUUCAUCUUUGCAGGGAAUCUAACAGUGAAUACCAGUGCCAACAUGACUAUAUCUAAACAGAAGUUGUUUAUCUCAUUACUUCUCAAGAGAUUUCACUUCUCCCUGACACGUUCUGGGGUUGACUUUUCUGAGAUCUCACUUUUGGAGAAUUUCCUAUCUCGUGUAUUAUGGAAUGGAGCAAUCCCAGCAAUCAAUGAUAAACUGAGGAAAGGAUUCCCUCUUCCUAAUCAGGCUCAAACUAAGUUCAUUCAACCAGUUCUCGAAUUUAAUCAGGGUUAUUUGCUGAUUUCCACUGAUUUUCACUACACUCUCUAAGGAAGGAGAGAUUGUUUGACUGAUCAGGAUGUUCAAGGCGAACAGCAACCAAUCAAAUGCUGAACAGUGUCCCUAUACUUUAAACCUUCAAGCUGAGUACUGGAGAUGAGUGAAGUCUUCCUCACGCUGCUCUGAUUCAGGAAGAAAGUAGGAAGAACGUAUGGUGCAAAAUUACAAAUGCAGUUCUUGAGUCACCCUUCCGAAUGGUCUAUAUCCAGUAUAAACUUUUUCUGCUUCUUA